AUGGCUCUCCGCGUCUUGGUCGUGGUGGCGCUGGUGGGUGUCGCCGCGUCAGAGUCCGUGAGUCACGUGUCCAUCUCGUUCAGCGGACAGCAGCCGGUCAGCUACAAGGUCCGCCAGCACGCCCGCCACGCCGCCCACGAGCCGCCAGAUGCCCCUAGAAAGCCGCCGAAGACCACAACCUACGCCACACCCGCGAAGAACCCCACCCAAGACGUGACAGAGCCCCCCGAUACCCCCGCCACGACCCACAGCCCCAGUUCUUCGCACCCCACCCCUGCCAGUGCCCCCAUUACACCCGCGUCCGCCCCAUACGCCCGCAGACAACAGAGCGCCCCGCCAAACUCACGACCCGAGAAGGAACACCCCUCCCCGCCACGCCCUUCACCGCCUUAUCACCUCGCUACAUCUCACGCCGCGGCCCCGCACUAUAGCCUCGCUCACGCCUCGCCUUACAGCUACGCCCCUUCCUAUCGCCUCUCCGCAUCCCCGCACUAUACCUACGUCCCUAGCUACGACUCCAAGCCAGUCUACCACUCGCAGUCUGAGAUCCCCGCCUGCGCAGAGGUGACAAACGGCACCUACUGCACUGAGGACGAGGAGUACCCGAAGUUUGAGAUCAAGCAAGCCAUUAGGUACCAUUUGGAUAAGUUCAAUCACCUGUACGCUGACGUGGCCGACCUCAACACCGAGCUGUCCGUGGAGGGACCUGAGGAGCUUCAAGAGGAGAACUACCUCUGCCCCUCCGUCACCGCCUACGUCAAGCCACUGCGCGCUAAGAACACUGAGGGCAAGUGGCGCGUGGUGGUGAACAACGUGGAUAUUCACUACGAGACGGUCACCCAGACUGCCCGCGUGGAGGACUGCCUCACUGCCGGCGACCCCUGCCCGAAGGUCCCCCACUGCUACGACUCCAAGUGCCUGCAGAAGUCUAUCUACCACCGCUUCCUCGUCUACGACCCAUACGACCAGUACUUCCCCUUCGCCGUGGAGACCUUCAAGCUGCCCUCCAGCUGCGCCUGCCUCCUCGGCGCCUCCACCCUGGACCAAUAACAACCAUCACCACCACAGCAACACACCGCACCUACAAGCACAAACGUGUUACCUGUCCAUCACAACACCUGAGCCUAAUCAAAGGGGACAGGUGUGUGAGACAGGUAACCUCACACCUGAGCCAUGCAUGAGGCAGUGAUUUAGUAAUACCGCGCAGGUAGAGAGACAGGUGAACCGUAUAUGCCACGUUAAAAAGCACUAAAUAUCCUGUACAAAGGAUUUCUUCGUGAGAUUCCCACCCGCCAUUAACCCUUUGAGUACAAUGACGCCUUUUAAUAUUCAUUCUGCUUACUAUUUGGCGAUUUUCUACAGUUUUAGAAACUUACGUAGGGAUUAAAAUAGUGAAGACACCGACCAUUAAUCUUCUGAUCUCCAUAGACCCUUCCUAAUGUAAGUAAAAUCAUCUAAUCACACCCAAAUUCAUGAUAAAAAUACGUUCCAGUACUGAAGGACUUAACACACACACCUGACGCUAACAAAUUAACCUCACUGGGAAAGCUUACACAAGAGGGAAUCACUAAUGGCCACGUACAUGCAAGGAAAGUGACGCAACAUUGACCUUUUUUCUCUCGGAUCUUCUCUUCGUUUCUUUAUUCUUUUAAUCUCUUCAGUAGCACGACGCGUUUUCAUACUCAUUGUGGUUACUAUUUGGUGAUUUCAUAAAGCUUCAGAAACAUAAGUU